AUGUCCGUCCUGAGCGACCCAGCGUAUAUCGUCCACAACCUACGCCUCAGCAAUCUAAGGCUUGAUGACCGCACCUCGGACAAGGUCAUCACCUUCCCGCCCCAGCUCAUGUCCAACGAAUACAUCAAGACUGCCGGUCCCGUCUUCCCCGAGAUGCAAUUCUGCUAUUCGCCCAAUAUCAGCCACGACUACAUGAUGCUCAGCAACAGCUCCCUUCUGACAACCACCAACGACCCGAGUCAGACCCUCAACGACAAUAACAGUACAAAUACAACACAAACCGCAAAGCCCGCCUAUGGCAUCAGAGGCAAAUACGACCGCAGGAGGAUUGUUGCUGCCCAGGCCGCCGCCGCUGCUGCAGCUGCUGGUCUCGGACGGGGAGGCAUUGAAGGCGCCUCAUCGACGGUAUUUCCUAUGCAGCCUGCUCCUGCCCCAACCAUGCGGGUCCCUAUCCCGACAGCAGCGGCCAGUAUUGACAGUGACGACGACAUUGACAUGGACGACGAAGAGCCAGUGAAAUCGCCGCCCAGAAUGUUCCCCAAGAUGGCAAUACCGGCCCAUAUUGGAGGCAACUAUGCGCCUGGAAUCUUCAUCACCACCCCCUCCAGACCUGGAUCGGCCACCAUUCCUGAGGAUACCCAAGCCCAACAGCAAACAACAUCAGCGAAUGAACCCGACCAGAACAAGGAUCAACAGCAGCAGCAACAACAACCAAUACAAGAGGAGCUGGAAAGGACGGAGCGCGAUAUCGACGUUGGCGACAUCACAAUUGACUCAAUGAACUCGCCUAUUGACCUUUCUCCGGCUGAUUCAACCACAACGGGCCGAUUCGACAGAGGCUCCAUACCUCUCACUCAUACACUCAUGUCGCCAGCGCCCAUUCGACCCAACACACCCCCGCCCAGCAAAAUUGGCAUGAGUCUUGUGGAUGGCCUCCUAUCGGAGCCAAUCCCUUUGACGCAACCAUCACCCGUCUCGCUCCUCACGUCGCUCAUCAUUCAACAAAAGUCGAAGGAAGACAAUCCUUUUGCCGAAGAGUUCCUCCGUAUUGCUGGCAUGGGCGAGACUACUCCAGUGAAACUCAAGAUCUACCUCCCCAGCAGCGACAAACCCAAGGACCCGAUGCAGGUGGCUGUAAAGCGCGAGGCGACAGUCGAAGAUGUUAUUGGAUAUAUUCUCUAUCAGUACUACAACGAAGGACGGACACCACUCCUAUCGGAUGAGCUUUCGACAGUUGUUCAGUGGAACCUUCGGAUCGUGGAGGACGAUGGCGAAAUCGACGAUGACCUGCCAGCUGUUGAGAGAACGUUGAAGAUUGGACGGUUUUCGAUGAACCAACGGUUCGCAAUGAACCAGUUUGCAUUGUGCGAGGCGACUCCAGCACAGGUGCAGAUCAACGAGAAUCUGUAUGCAAAGUCGGGUCGGGUUGUUGUUCGGCCAAAGAGACAGCAGGCAGUAUCAUCAUCGACUGGACUUGGUCCUCCAGAUCCUCCAGGAACAGAGUCGGGAGCCUUGGGCGAAGGAUCUACCAACGCAACUGGCGACGGGGCCUCGGUGGAUGCCAGCGGUGCUAAUGGUGGAAUGAGCGCGACGGUACAGAGCGGACGGCCGAGUAUGACUGGAACAAUCAGCUCGGCAGGACACGCUGUCCCUCCAUUGAUCGCCAGCACACAGCACUAUGUUCGUGUCCGUCUCCACACGGGUCACGAGGUCAAGCACACGACUACGGUCGAGAUUCUUCCCAAAAUGCUCGUGUCGGGAGUCAUCGAUUAUAUCUGUCUCAAACGCAAGAUGAACCCUGUAGAGUGGUCGCUUGUGGUCGCAGACACGCAUCAUGUACUACCCUUGGACGGUGCAGCAGAGGACAUUUCCAACUCGACUGAGCUUGCACUUGUGCCCAAAGCUAGUGAACCGACGAUUACUGCCAAGACGUCCAAGUUUGGUCGACCAAGUGUAGCAGAUAUCCCAGGAUCGGGAGUAUCAUAUCUAACGUCGACGGAGGUAUAUCGCGAGUAUACGCUGAACCGGAAGCGUCGUGGAGGAUAUGUGGGCCAUCACGAACAGGUGCUCGCGAUUGACGGUGACUAUAUCCGGAUCAUGCCCACGUCGUCUAGGAAUCUGUUGUUCGAUUCUGGCAAGACGGCAUCUUAUCUGAAGAACACGAUCCAUGACUGCAAGCAGAGCAAGAAGGCGCCGAGCCAUUUCAAGUUAGCUGUCAUACGUGGCGAUCGCGAAAAGAAGACCUAUGAGUUUGAGGCCAAAACUCCUCAGCAAGCACAUUGA